GCCACAGACUUCACAAUGAUGAGUUCUUCGACUUCGAUUAUUCAAGCGAAGGACCAUACUUCAAGUAUCUACCGGAAGAAAUCCUCAAGAAUAAUAGAUGUCAGAGGAAAAUGAUCAGGAAAGUUCAAAAUUACAUCUAAAAGAGGAUGCACAAAAGGAAGUUCAUGGCAACUUGCAGCUAGACAAAUGCACCAGUGACUUAACUGUGGUAUCUACUGUCUCAGAAAUGCUAGAUCAGGGGGAUGUAACGUCAGUCAUGACAGAUCUUUCAGCAGAGGAUUCUGUUCUGCAUGGGUCAUCAGUUCUCAAUGAAACAGAAGCAAUUGCUUCUUCUAGUGACUUGGAAAGUUCUCCCUGCCUCUCAGAUACGCCAGUUUCAGCAGAUUUGCUUUCAGACUCUUCAGUCAUAAACUCAACUGUAGGGCUACUACAACAGCCUGUUGUGUUGACGUCGUCUGUGUUGCCAUGUGUGCUGACUCAUGUGCAAGGAACUUCAGAGCUCCUUGCUGGUGAACUACAAGAGAGAGGGGAGGCUCAGGAGGAACUGUUAAUGGUAAAAAGGGAUGACAGAGAGGUCCUGGAACCUUGUGUUGUGUUUACAACAUCAGAAGCACUGCAGAGCACCAGUGCUUCAGAAUCACUCAGCUCCUCCUCAGCAACAGAUGUUGUAGUCACAGCACACCCAUCUAGCUUGACCUAUCUGCGGCAGAUCUUUGAACAGGACCAAGUUAGUCCACAGGGUCAAAUUGUAUCCGUCUUGCCUCAUGGCAUUACAUCACCUCUGUCGCCGACCUUACCGGAACUUCACCAGUGCAAAUGGGACAACUGCUGCGAACAUUUCUUGUCUCUAGAGGAUUUGGUUGCGCAUGUCAAUGAAUACCACAUUAGAACUGAAGCAAGUGAAUAUAGCUGCCUUUGGCAGGGCUGCGCGCGCAACGGAAAGGGCUUCAAUGCCCGGUACAAAAUGUUGAUACAUAUGAGAACACAUACCGGAGAAAGGCCCCACCGUUGUAAUCAUGACUCUUGCGGAAAGAGCUUCUCACGGCUCGAGAAUUUAAAAAUACACACCAGGUCUCAUACGGGAGAAAAACCGUACGUUUGUCCCGUGGCGGGUUGUAAUAAGCGGUACUCCAAUUCAAGUGAUAGGUACAAACACACACGGACCCACUCAGAGACCAAACCUUACCACUGCAAAGUGGCCAACUGUUACAAAAGGUACACAGAUCCGAGUUCAUUGAGAAAACAUUACAAAACGAUCCACGGGAAAGACAUUAUUAGUGAAGAGCAAGAUUAAUGAAUGAUGACCCACUUAUAAUUACAGUUAGAUUGCAUCGUGCUUUUUUUCUACUCUCUUAAUAUAUUUUUUCCACAAUUUUUGAACGACUGUGUUUUGGACAGAACCCUCUUGAAAUAGCAGCUGAAAAAUGAAACCACUUAUUGUCGUAUGAAAAAAAAUCUGGCGGGGAAUGAUUUGGGAAUACCUAAACAACACACUUCAAUUUAGCACCCGUACAAAGUUUCAACCAGGGAGCUGUUGUUUGAUGCAAGCGAGAAAAUGUUGUCCUAGAAUUGAGACAACCAGCGAGAGAAGCACAGUUAAAGGUAUAUGAUAUUUAAGUAUAAUUUUAUAUUUUUUUCCAUAUUUUUAGGGGUAAUGAAGUGAAAUUUUCCUUUUUUAUCUUGCUAUUUGGGCCUGGAGCUCGUUUCUCGAAGUCCCCAAAUAACCUAACGGGUUCGUUUGGUUUAAGAUACGGGAUUCAAAACAGAAACUAGCUGGUUAGGGUUCUAGAACCCACUCCUCGAUUCUUUAAACUCUGGUUUUAAAAUAAGGCUUCGGGCUCGUUAGGUUACCAGGAGUUUCGGGAAACGAGGUUUAGGUGCAUUUUUUUUUUUUCGGUUGAGUGGAAAAUUUUUUUUCCAUGCGGUAAUUUGUUCUAAUUUCAGCCUGUUUACUGGGUUGUCAAUCAAAACGUAGGUUUUUUCAAUGCCAUGGCAACGAAGACGUUGGGCUUGUCACAAACUCCCAAGUCACGUCAAGUCACGUUUCCAUGCUCAAGGCGUUCUUAUAUGUUAGUUUCGAUUGCUGGUACAUAUUUCGAUGUAACAAAGAUGAAUCAGACGAUUUAAUUUUGAUUGAUUGAAUUAGAAAUAUUGUUAACAGUUCUAUUAGGAGCACGAUAUUUGUGUCGCAAUCGAUGGAGUUAUGCUCGAAUUAACUAUUACGAAUAAAAAACGAGAGCAAAUAAUCUAAUUGUUUAAGAGUAAAGCAAUUUUCGAUUGAGUGUCGAAAGUAACCCGGAAUUGCAUUGGUUUUACUUUAUUUCACAAUGUGAUUGGUCCAGAAAACUCGCGCCACUCUUUCAACCAAUCAAAUGCCAAACUAACACCAAUCACGAGUUGGUCGGCCGUGUUUCCCGCGCUUUGGGCGGUUUGCUUGUUUUUACCUUGAGUUCUCAUUGGCUCUCCAGAAAAUGUUCCCUUCUUCUGAUUGGCCGAUGUAAUUACCUCGAUUUCGGUUUUAUGACACUCAAUCAAAAAGAGCUCUAAAGCUACUAUUCGUUCAAAACUCAGAGAAAAGACAGGCUUGGGAUUUCAUUUUACUUUAUUUACAAUCUCACGCUUUGUAACUGUCGCGAAAUAGAUAGCGUGCAGCUUAUUCGAUCAGAUGGCAGCAUUUGAGAUAGAAUGUUAGUGGAAUUUAACUGAAUGUACAAGUGUAUAUUUGAAAGAUAUUAGUAAAGAAAAUUUAAAGGGUAAUAAAAGUUUACCGAUUGAUA